AUGAGUAUAAACGUUAACAAGUGUGCAAUCUCAUCCGAAAUCAUAGAUACCGCUUUCAAGCAACAGCGUAUGAGAGCUUGGAAGCCGAUAAUGACUACCGGUUCUGUUGUGCCUGCUUUCCUGAUUGUCGGUGUAAUAUUUCUUCCUCUUGGUAUACUAUUCCUAUUUACUUCAAAUAACGUCAACGAGGUCGUGGUUGACUAUACACAUUGUAAUGCCUCAUCUGUAUCAAAUUCAUUGUAUCUUACAAGUCCCGGAAUGAGUUGUGCCGACUACAUUCAAACGACUAAUUUUACUGAAAAUUGCUAUUGUAAUAUAAGCUUUCAACUGUCAUCAGCAAUGACUGGCAAAGUAUACAUGUAUUAUGGACUAGAAAACUUUUAUCAAAAUCAUCGAAGAUAUGUUCGAGCGCGUUCUGACUACCAACUUCUUGGGAAUCCAACUUAUACAGUUAGCGAUUGUGAACCGUUUAGAUAUGCUAACGGAACAACCACUCCGAUUGCGCCCUGUGGUGCAAUUGCUAACAGCCUAUUUAACGAUUCACUAACUUUGACGUUCCAGAACACUACUGGUAAUGUCAAUGUUGGAUUAAUUGACCGCGGUAUCGCUUGGAGUGUUGAUUUGAGUAUUAAAUAUAACAAUCCUACCGUACAGACCGGAUUUCCAUUAAGGUAUGGAUUUAAUGGUACGGCAAAACCUCCUUAUUGGCGUAAGCCUGUAUACGAGUUAAGCUCUGACCCCAACAAUAAUGGCUUCAAAAAUGAAGAUCUCAUCGUGUGGAUGAGAACUGCUGCAUUACCUCGCUUUCGUAAACUUUAUCGUAAAGUAAAUCACACUCAAGCAGGAUUUGUAAAUGGUUUACCAAGUGGAAAUUAUUUCUUCAAUGUGGAAUAUAACUUUCCUGUGACGACUUUCAGUGGCAAAAAGCGAUUGAUACUAUCUACGGCAUCAUGGCUGGGUGGUAAGAAUCCCUUCCUUGGAAUUGCUUACAUUACUGUUGGAUCAAUGUGCAUUGUCUUAGGCUUCCUGUGCCUAUUCUAUCAUUAUCAAUAUGCAAACAGGUAA